ACGGGACGGGACGGGGCCGGGCGACACCGGGCCGGGCAAAGCCGCAAGGCAACGGGGACGGGCUGCACCGGGCCGGGCUCCGCACCGCCGCCAUGCAGAUGACCUUCUACUUCUCGGACACGGUGGUGCUGCUCUUUGACUUCUGGAGCGUCCACAGCCCCACAGGGAUGGCCCUCUCGGUGGUGGUGGUCCUGCUGCUCUCCAUGCUUUACGAGGCCGUCAAGAUGGGGAAGGCCGUGCUGCUGCGGCGGGCGCUGCUGGCUCUGCCCCACAGCCUCAGCCGGGAGGAGCUGGUGGAGCCGGAUGACGGGGACACCAGCCCCACAGAGGGCAGGUGGUUUCGGUACCACGUUGGGCAGACGCUGUUCCACGUGGUACAGGUGGUGCUGGGCUACAUGGUGAUGCUGGCCGUCAUGUCCUACAACGCCUGGAUCUUCCUGGGGGCCAUCGCGGGCUCCACUCUGGGCUACUUCGUGGUGUACCCCCUGCUCGGUCGGGGCUAGGUGACACCCCCCGGCCAUCCUCCCCGGCAUGGUGGCCUUCACACCUCCCUCCACUUGGUCUGGAAUAGCUGCUGUCACUUCUGCUGGGUCUGUCCUUGUCCCCGUGCUGUGCAGGACACAGCAACCCCGGGGACCUGCUGCGGGGACCCCCUCAGAGCUGGGG